GAUGGCUUUUAGAGUAGCACCCACAGACUUCGAGCUUCCGUUCCCGGCGGCGGGGGCCAGGACUCCUCCCAGGCAGGGGACAGACAAUUAGAAGAGACCAAAAAUGUUCCUUGACAACAAGAAGUGGGGAAAGAAACCUGGACGCUGGAAUCAGGCUCCAGUAUUCCCAAAACUAUCUUCAAGAAGCCAAACAUCUGAACCGGAAGUGAGAGACAGGAAGUAGACCGCGGAAGACCACAAGGUUACACCCAAGCGUGGGUGCCGAGGGCUCGAAAUCUUCGGUGCCAACCGAUUUAAGGCGGUGGGGAAGGGUCCUGACACAAAUGGCUUUCCCUGAGCCCAAACCGCGGGGCCCGGAGCUGCCGCAAAAACGAGUGAAGACGCUGGACUGCGGGCAGGGGGCAGUGCGAGCUGUACGAUUUAAUGUGGAUGGCAAUUACUGUCUGACGUGCGGCAGCGACAAGACCCUGAAGCUGUGGAACCCGCUGCGAGGGACGCUGCUGCGGACCUACAGUGGCCACGGCUACGAGGUGCUGGACGCGGCCGGCUCCUUUGACAACAGCAGUCUCUGCUCCGGCGGCGGGGACAAGGCGGUGGUGCUGUGGGAUGUGGCAUCAGGGCAGGUCGUUCGCAAAUUCCGGGGCCACGCGGGGAAGGUGAACACGGUCCAGUUUAAUGAAGAGGCCACGGUCAUCCUGUCUGGCUCUAUCGAUUCUAGCAUACGCUGCUGGGACUGCCGAUCUCGAAGGCCUGAGCCAGUGCAGACGCUGGACGAAGCCAGGGAUGGCAUAUCCAGUGUGAAGGUGUCGGACCAUGAGAUCCUGGCAGGUUCCGUGGACGGCCGGGUGAGGCGCUACGACCUGAGGAUGGGGCAGCUCUUCUCAGACUACGUGGGCAGCCCCAUCACUUGUACCUGCUUCAGCCGGGACGGGCAGUGCACCCUGGUGUCCAGCCUGGACUCCACGUUGCGGCUUCUAGACAAGGACACCGGGGAACUGCUGGGCGAGUACACGGGCCAUAAGAACCAGGAGUACAAGCUGGACUGCUGCCUGAGUGAGCGUGACACGCACGUGGUCAGCUGCUCCGAGGACGGGAAGGUGUACUUCUGGGACCUGGUUGAGGGUGCCCUGGCACUGGCCCUGCCCGUGGGUCCUGGUGUGGUGCAAUCGCUGUCCUACCACCCCCUGGAGCCCUGCCUGCUGACUGCCGUGGGGGGCAGCGUCCACUGCUGGCGGGAAGAGGCUUAUGAGGCGGAGGGUGGCACGGGCUGAAGCCGGGGGACCCGCCGCCACCAAGGGCACAGACUCCAGGCUCACAGAGACCAUUUAUUGGAGACCCGCCGCUGACCAAGGAGUGAGGGGAGAACUGCAUGCUAAUAAAUAGAGGAGGGGAGGCUUCGCUGGUGCGGUAGCCAUUCAGUCCUCGUUCUUCUCGGGCGUGAAGGCAUCUGACUUCUGGGCGAAGGUUUCAGCCACAAGCAGGGGGAAGACCAGGGAGGCAUCGGCAUAGACCUGCGGAGGGGACCUGGGUGAACCACGGGGCCUGUGACCGCAUUCUGGGAGACUGUGCCCCGCCCCCCAGCUGACCACCCUCACCUUGACAGGCUGUGCGUCCACCCGGAUCUUGCCCCAGGAGACUGCUUCGUCUGGCCUGGCACCAGAAUCCGAGCCGUCGAAUUCCUGGGCCGUGUUGAUGUAGACAGCAUAGUCGGCCCCAUUCCGCUGUGGGGAGGGGCAAGGUGAGCUGGUCAGGCAGUCACUGGAGACAGGCAGGCAGAAAGACACGGACGCAGGGGACUAGCUAGAGGCUGAGGGAUGUGUCCUGCAUGAAGGAAGCCCUUAGUGGCCCCUUGCUUCAAAGGAAAGGCCCAUGUCAAUGCGUGGCCAGAGCUGCCCCCAACCCUCCUGCUAUCUAGCAACUACUCUCCUGCAUCUGUUCAGCAGGGACUGCCACCAAAUAUACAGAAGGCUCCCACCCUGGUCCGGGUCCCAUCACUGUUUACCCAGAACCCGCCGUUUGUUCCCCCCACAGAAGCCAGAGGGCGCCUGUGAGGACCCGAGUGGUGGCCCUGGAGGCCUGACUGGUUACUUACUUCCCGUUCCCCUUCGCUGGCCUCGUAAGUGUUCCUUGACUUAAAUCAGGCACCUCAAAGCCUUUGUGCUGGCUGUUUUCUCUGCUCACAGGUUGGAAUUCCCAGAGCUUACCUUUUCUGAAGAGCACUCCUUUUCUCUU